GAUUAUGUAAGAUUAUUAGAAGAAAUCCUGUCUUCUGAAAAAGUUACUGCCAUUAGAUUUUUCAAAAAGGCCGAAUUCACAUUUUCUCAAAAGGAGAAUGCAGAAAAAGCGCUCUUCGAAACAUUGGGAAUUAUUAAAUCUAAGGAUGGUGCACAUUCUGUGAAAGCUGCAAGACUGCUCCAUAAUUUCGACAACUUUAUUAAUUCGUUUGCUGUACAACAAUAUUGGAACGAUCUUAAAGUUAUCGCAGAAAAAACUGUCACUAAUACAGCACAAAUAAUAUUACAAGAAAAAGAAGAACAAAAUGCUUGCCAAAUAAGGACCAAUGUGUUAGAAAAGAAAACUAAUUUACUAACAAAGAGAAAGGGAAUUUGUGAUUUUGAGGAAAAGCGAGUGACGAAACGAAUGCAAAAGGAACAAGAUGUAGACAAGCUGAUCUUUGGCGACAAAUCAGAUGCUGAUCCAAACGAUGAGGUGGAUUUUGAUGGCAACAAAAUUUUCGGUAUGGACUCGGACAUUGUAUUAGAAGAUAGUGAUGCUGACGAUAAUAUGAUAUUCCGGGAUUAUGGAGAGUACUGCGAAGAAGAAGAAAUCACAGUAGAAAAUACCUCGACUGAUCCCACUACAAAAUGGAUUUUGUCGAGUGGGAGAGAUGUUAAUGCAAUAUUGUCCAAAUAUCGUGAAAAAAUUCCUCGCUCAAAGGCAUACCUCUAUCCGGCCUAUUUUGGAAUAUUAGAUCUUUCUGGAGAGGAUAUUGAAGUAAAAAAUUUGUUUACAGACGACGAAUGGAAUGAGAUGGUUGAAGAUUUUAAAAGUAAUGUGAAUUUGAGUGAUUUAGAACCAGAGCAGGAUGAGCCGCUUUAUAAAUUAAUGGACAAAAUUACUGAGGUAUUAGCAACCAAUCCCUACGACCUAAUUACCAGCAUUGAAAGCUGUAAUAAAAAAAUGAACGCCAUUAGAAGACUUAUUCAAACUUAUGCAUACAAUCUUCAACGCUUACAAUUGCCAAUGUCAGAUGUCGCAUUUGGAAGCGAUUUCACGAAUAUGGUCACAAAAGGGAUAUUGACCUUUGACCAAAUCUAUCGUUAUGAAGAAGGUGAGAUACAAUGUCUUGCUUCGUCUGUAAUUUCCAAUCUCAAAACAAAGCCCACAGGCAGAAGCUUAAUCCGUCAAAAAGUUGACUUCAGGAUUAGUAAAGAUCAAUUUGAGAUGCUAAUUGGUUUAAGAUCUGGAGGUCUUCCUCUAGCAACAAAAGGGAAAAAAUGGAUGGAUAAGGUGGACUUAGCUGUUUCAUUACGGGAUGUGUUAGUCAAUGAAGGUAUAGAAAACAAUGGUAUAGAACCAAGCAAGUUCCAAAAACUUUUUGUUCUAGGAGCACUUUCAUAUGAUUAUAAUUAUAAUAUAUAUGGACUGGACUGGAAAUGUAAAGGUGUUUGGCGUUUAGGUCUAUUACAGAAGGUUAAACUACCUACAUCAGUUGCUAUUUUGCCAGCCAUAGAGAAGCUUAUAGUCUAUUUGUUGCGUGUGGAGGAGACUUUACAUCGUAUUCAAGAAAUCCGUUAUAAAAUGGUUAUUGAAAAGUCAAGAUUAGAUCGAAGCCGACGAACAUCUUUACGUUCUAUGGACUAUUGUAUUUGUGACCAAGGCCGC